CAGGCAUGCGCGCACUACCUCCCAGUGUCUGACGCUCUCCGAGGAGCAGAUCGAGAAGUGGGCGGCGACACGCUGGCCAGUUUCCUGAAGCUUAGCUGCACAAUAAGAUUCAUGGAGAACAAAAGAGGAAGAAGAAGCUGCCAUUUCUCAUAACAGACAUGAAUGCUGUGGAGAUAAAGACCAGGAAUAUUAAGGAGGAGGUGGACUAUGAAUGGGGACAUGUGUACCCUCUACAGGGGAGUCUGUCCAUUAAAGGUGAGGAUUAUGAACAGGAGACAUUACACAUUAAGGAAGAGACGGAGGAAAAGCCUGUCAUCAUCAAUGUACAAGAACAGCACAUUAUAGUCAAGAGAGAAGACCUUCAUUCAGAGUCCAGCCUUCAGUCUAGGGGUCCAGAUGGGGGUCUGACAGGAUUAGUCUCCCCCCAGAGAAGAAACUGUGCUGUUCUGGAGCAUUCUGUCAGUGUGAAGUCUGAUUCAGACACAACGACGAGUGACGAAACGUCAAGGAAAACACCGGAAAGUCAGGCAUCCUCUACAAAUCAGACUGAAGAAGAUACACAGGAGAGUCCCAGCUUUUCCCCAGCUUCACCGGUUCAGACUUUACUUAAUGACAAACAAGAACAGACACUGCAUCAUGAAAAUAUGAAGAAAUCGACCUCUGAGCCACAAACUUUGUCACUAGCCUAUUUGCAGUUUAUUUCUCAGCCUGUUGUGAAGCUAACAAAAAUAGACGCAAUUGAUACCCAAAAACGGGAACAAAAUUCAAAUUCAGGAUCCUUGUAUGUAUGCAAAGAGCAAAGAAAAAGUCUUCAAAGGAAAUCCAAAUACGUAGGAAGUCAGUUGAAUCUUGCAGGGCGACAGCCAUAUUGCUGUUCUGAAUGCGGAAAACAGUUUUCUAAAAAGAAACACCUUGAGACCCACCAAAGAAUUCAUGCUGCGAAGAAGCCAUUUAGCUGUUCAGAUUGUGGAAAACCAUUCAUUUACAGGAGCAGCCUCCACAUCCACAUGAGAACUCACACUGAAGAGAAGCCAUAUUGGUGUUCUGAAUGUGGUAAGAGAUUUCUGAAAAGCAGCCAUCUUCAGACGCACACCAGAAUUCACACUGGUGAGAAGCCAUAUUGCUGUCCUGAAUGUGGGGAAAGAUUUCGUGUCAAGAGCAGUCUUAACAGCCACGUGAAUUCUCACAAUGGAAGAAAGCCGUAUUGCUGUUCUGACUGUGGAAUACAAUUUGCGCAAAGCAGCCAUUUGGAAAACCACAAGAGAGUUCACUCAGGAGAGAAACCCUAUUGCUGUUCUGAGUGUGGAAAACAAUUUGCUCAAAAGGGUACUCUCCAGACUCACACAAGAAUUCAUACUGGAGAAAAGCCAUUUUGCUGCUCUGAAUGUGGCAAACGAUUCUCCGACAAGAGCGGUCUUAACUUUCAUAUGAGAAAUCACACAGGAGAAAAGCCAUAUUGCUGUUCUGAAUGUGGAAAGCGAUGUUCACAAGCGAGCAAUCUUCAGACCCACAAAAAAAUUCAUACUUCAGAGAAGCUGUUUAGCUGUUGUGAAUGUGGCAAACAGUUCUCUUACAGGGGCAGUCUUACCACUCAUAUGAGAAUUCAUACAGGAGAGAAGCCAUAUUGCUGUUCUGAAUGUGGGAAACGAUUUUCGCAAGUGAGCAAUCUACAUAGACACAAGAAACUUCACACCGGAGAGAAGCCCUUUUGCUGUUUGGAAUGUGGCAGACAGUUCUCACGACUGAGCCAUCUUCAGAAGCACACGAGAAUUCACAACACAAAGAAGCCACAUUCUGACUGUACUGAACGAAAACAAGCAAUUCUGAGAAACACAAAAGAGUCUGUCAAAGAGAGAAGCAAAAAUAUCAAAAGAAAAUAAAAACUAAGCAGCAAGUUAUGUUCACAUUUUGAAAAUUAACAAAUGCUGCGAGCUGCAAAUGAAAUUACCUGAGGUCAAUUCAGUUUUAUAGCUAGUUUCCGGGAUAACCCUGGCUGGCUGUUUUACUUCAAAUCCCUGUUCUUCAUCAACUGCUCUCAUGCAAGUCGGCACCUGUAAGUUUCAUUUUCUUCAUAUCGCUUCUUACCUCAUCAAUCCAUUUUUCUAGCCUACUUACAAUCCAUCAAUAGAUCAAGAGUUUUACUUCACCCAGUCAUCAUCAUCCUUUGACAUCAUGUCAUCUUACCACCUAAAGUAGCGCCUUCACCAGUUGACACUUAUAUUUUCAGCAUUUGCUUUGCUGUGUAGAUUUACAUUUUUCAGGCUGUCUUUCAGGGGCACAUCACAUGUCCAUCUUAUCAUACACAUCUCAGUUAUCUCUAACUUCGUCUGGUUUUCAAAUUUUAAUGCUCGUGUCUCAUUACCAUACCCUUUUGUUUUAAUGAAGUUUCCCUUGGACUUUAGUGAUGGUAAUAUUUCUCAAAACUUUUGCCAACUGCACAUCAAUCUGUCGGGCACUGCUAAAUCUGCCCCAACUAUAGAUGGUAUGAUAUCACCAAAAUACAAAAUUAGAGUGGGUAGCUAAGUUUUGUUAUCACCUUCAGUCACUAAGUCUGACAUCUUGCUGACUGUCUGUGUGAUUUCAUGCCACAUCUUCUGCACAGGAAGGAGAUGCUGAUCUUUGUCGUACUAUUGCACCCAUUUCUCACAUUCCACACACUUGGUAGAAGUCGACUCCACACCUCUACCACAUGCAUUGAAUGGCCACCUUCCAGAUUAUUCUGUAGUUCCCUAUUUUGCACCUACCUUCAUCUCCUAGGUUAAUGGCCAAUCUCCUCUCACCCAAUAUGUUUCUCCAUUUAAGAAACUUUUCUGUUAAUUCAUCCUCCCUGCCAUCAAUUAUAACCAAAUCAUCUGCAUAAAGAAGUUACAUUGGUGGUCCUUCUCUUAUUUCUCUAUAUGCUGCUUCAAUUACUAUGGUCUGAACCUUGAUGUACUUCCACUUUCAUGCUAAGACUCUUGCUGUCUCCAUACACUUUUAUAAGCUAUUCCUCCACUCCCAUAGGCCAAUCUCGUGUCUUUUCUUGGAAAACAGUUAAGUGUUUUUUCUAAAUCUACAAAAGUGAAAAAUGUCAGUUUACACUUGUCUACAUACAUUUCCUGAACCUGUUUCACAAUAAAAAUUGCAUGGAAGGUCCUCACAUGAAACCAAACUGCAUUUCAUGUUUAUCAUUCCUCUGAUUCUUUGCUCGGCAGCCCAUUUGACAAACUUCAUUCCAUAUUCUAAGAGCUUUAUCACACUAUAUGAGGCUCAGCUCAUUGGAUCCCUCCUUUUCUUGUACAGUAGUAGUAAUAUACUCAUCCAGUCCUCUGGCACGUUACCUUCUUUUAUGAUAACAUUACAGAGAUCAGUCAGACAUGCCCUUCCUACUCCAUCAGUAUCAUUCAUCAAUUCAGCAACCAUGACCGUCGGACCACUAGACAGGUCUGCUUACACUAAAAUUUUUAGUGAUGCCAAGAUCAACAGGGCUGAUCAAACAAAACCUUUAUAACCAUGUAGAUGAUCUACCAAUUACUAGCACUUCUUGUGAACUACAAAAGGAGUCAUUACCUCAUGGUAAUACAACAUGUCUUGACUAACAAGUGAGGAUCACAUCUGGCUUAAAAGUACACAAGGAGACCUUUAUGGAAAAAUAAACUCCUGAGAGAUGCUAUAUUGCAGUUGUGAAUGUGGAAGAAUUCUUUGUCAGAAGCCAUCUUCAAAGAUACUCUACACUUCACAUAGUAGAGGAAGUGUAUUACUGUUCUGAAUGUGACACAAGACUUUCAUAAACGGCUUGACUUCAGAUCAACACAAGGGACAGACAUUUUAUUGUUCUGAAACUGGCAAACAAUUUACUAGAUGGAUCUGUUUUUGGCAGCAAUAGGAUUUUCACUGAUGAUGAUGAUAAAACCUAGAAGGAGGCUGGAAUGGAAUUUUUGGUAUCACAAUAGAAUAUGUACUGGUCAGGGUGAUGAAACUCAGGAGGAGGCUGGGAUUGAUGGAGACAAAGAAGUAACAAUUUUUGUCAGAUUCAACCUCAGUAAUCCUUCUAACCUUCCCUACCAGAUCUUAUCUGAAUAUAUUCACAGUGCUAAAGAGGACCAAAAAAAAAACUUUCAUAAUAAAAAGGUUCUGCUGCA